CGCCGCGAGUCUCGGGGUGGUGUCGGUGGCGGCGGCGGAGGGCAUGGUGCGCUCGCUCAACUCCAUCGUGGCCGUGUGCCAGAACAUGGGCAUCGGGAAGGACGGCACCCUGCCCUGGCCGCCGCUGAGGAACGAGUACAAGUACUUCCAGAGAAUGACCACCACGUCCCAUGUGAAAGGUAAACAGAAUGCACUGAUAAUGGGUAAAAAAACCUGGUUCUCCAUUCCUGAGAAGCAUCGUCCUUUAAAAGACAGAAUUAAUAUAGUGCUCAGCAGGGAGCUCAAGGAAACCCCAAAAGGAGCACAUUAUCUUUCCAAAAGUCUGGAUGAUGCCUUAGCUCUUCUGGAUUCACCGGAAUUAAAGAGUAAAGUAGACAUGGUGUGGAUCAUUGGAGGCACUUCGGUUUAUAAGGUAUGCAGGAAAUAUACUCCACUUCUUGUCUGGCACUUGGACUUCAGGUGUGUGAUGAAAGUGCCAUUCUGCUCCUGGUAGCAAAUUAGACUGUUAAUAUUUUUUUGUAUAUAGGGUGAGAAAAUACAUGUUUGAGUAUUUCUUGCCUUUCUUGCAGUUUGUGCCUUUUGUGAAUCUCUUCUCUGCGUCUUAGGGAAUAUACGUUUUGGAAAAAAAAAUUUAAAAAGAAUUAGUAAUUACGGUUGUACAAAAAAAAUCAUGCAUAUGCAAAUAGCCCGUAAAAGACUGUUGUUGCUCCACCUAUUUUUUUUCAUUUAUCUAUGUCUUAUAGUCAAUUUCAUAUGUGGUGAAGCCCACCAUGCAUUUGAUGUCCAAAUGCACUCAGUCUAUAAUCAAGUAUUAUAUAGCAAUAAAUUGUCCUUCACUCUCAACCAUUAAAAUGCCUGCUUCCUGGUAAUAAGUGGCAAGUUUAUUUCUGGAGAUAGAUUCUCUUCACAUUGGGCAUAAUUGCCCAUCAUGAGCAAGAGACCGGAUUUGGCUUCUGUAUGUAAUUCUGCCUGAUGCAUAAUGUGAGCAGAAGCAUUUACUCCUUCUGUACAUUAGCCACUUAUUCAUCUAGUGCUGUAAAAAAACGAUAAUUUUUGCUUGUUCAUAGAGGAAAUUCUAUGUUGUUGGCUUUUAAUUUAACUAUUUUUCUAGUGUCUGGCUGAUAGAAAACAACGCCAUUUUUGAUACCAUUACUAACCAUUAGUUUUAUUAUAAAUAGGCAGUUUUGAUCAAGACUACUUUUACAACAUAUUGCUGUGCUGAUCAGCAGAAGGAAUGUGGUUUAAAAUUUCAGCUGUUUUCCCUCUUUCAAGUGUCUACUCAGGAUGUUUCAAAAGAAUUUGUAAUUCAUUCGGGAAAAAUCUUAAGUUUUAUACAGAUUCCUGCAUCCAAACUAUCUUUGUGAUCUUAUUUGAAAGGGUUUGAUGGAAACCAUACACUUCUAUUGAAACAGCAGGUAAUAUUUUAGUGCUUGUAUUGAAGAUACACAAUGGAUUGCUGGAAUAUUUCCAUUCUACCAUGUAGAGAAGCGUGGGAAGUAAAAAUACUAAUUGGUAAUUGAAGUGAAUCAUUUUAUUCAGUAAUUGUAGGUACUUGUUUUUAAAGCAUUAUUUUGAUCUUACUACUUUGAAUGUCUCAAAGAUUUAAGAGUGCUUGUGUUCAUUAAGUACAAGUCUGUCAUGGAGAAAAGUGACUGUAACUAUUUCAGCUAGUAAGUGCAACAGGAGUGGUUUGAAGCAGGUAAUGCUGAGGGCAUAUGGCAUUUCUGCUUUUAGCAGUUUGGGGCUUUUAGCCCAAAGUUCAGAUCUUUCAAAGUAGGUAGAGCUUUAUGAGGACGAACCUUGAUGAAGAGAGCACUCCGCGCUAAAAAGCCUCAUACUUGAAUUUCCAUGUCUCUCCUGCAAAUGAUCAUCCCAACCACCAUCAAGUCCUUUUCCAGUCCUUACCUGGGUUGCUUCUGUUCUUGCUCAUUGGGAAGUAACACUGUGGUGCCUGCUGAAUAAAUCCUCUUUUGCGUUUGAAUACAGCUCUGCAACAGUGCAGCAAAGAGGUGUUUUGCAUCAGGAGGAGCCAGUCCAUUAUGACCCCAUUGAGAAAGGCACUCAGACUCUAAAGUGAUAUUUUAAACACUGCUUUAAAGAAGGAUGGAAUAGUGUAGGUAAUCUUAAAUCCCUUUAGAUGCUGGGGACCCCAAGCUGUGCAGCCUCUAAUCCACUUAUGUGGAUCACAAACUCCUCAAUGUACAGUGGUCUUUCUGUCAGGAUCACCACAAGAGAGAAUGGUGAGCUCAGCGUACCCUUGUUGCACUUCCUCCGACAGAGCUCCUUGGACAGCUUGUCACACACAGGCUUGUUGUGGGUGUCUUGAGGGCUGAGUAUAAGCAUGGCCACAGCGCCUUUCUUGGAGUCAUCACCACUGCAGCUGCUCUGCCCUGGUUGAUCAGUGGUCCUUGGCACGGGACUUCUUGGCUCAGGCUGCUGGCAUCCCUCUGGUAUAGGGAUCCUAGAGAAUAAGGGAUGGAUACAUUGAAUGUGAGGAUGCACAACUGAGGGCAUCUGUCAAGAGCUGGUACUGCUUCUUUGCCAUUGCCAGGGUCCAUAUCAUUAUUCAAGAGUGUGGCUUCUUGUUCCUUGGAGCCUUUUAACACAAGCUCCUAAGCUUAGCAACUUCUGAUCAAUUAAUCAGUUUGGGUUGGGGACAUCCACCAUGAUCAAGGUUGUCAUUGAACAGACCAUAUUUCUAAAUUUGUAACAAGUAGGGAACAUGUGCAAGACCAUGCCUUUGCCCUCUUUGGUUACCCACACCUUUUGUGGGUGCCCUGGGCAGUGCCCACAUCCCGUCCAAGUUCCAGGCCCAGGGCAGCAAUCCAGAAGGGUUACCACAGGUGGCCCCAGAGCUGAGGCAGAUGCGCAUGGUUCAGGAGGUUUCCCAAGAACCUCAGACAGAAAAGGAAUCCUUUCUGCACGGGGUCAUCCAAGAUGCGUUAUUGCCUUCCUUUUCUGAAAUACUGCAUCCCCUCUGUGUCUCAUGUUGCCCUGCCCAGAUCAUGAAGAUGCGCAAGCCUGGCAUAUCUGCAUCUACAGAGCUGUGCUGGGGUGGACCAAGUUCCCAGCUGCCUGAGUGUGGAAGGGACACAGGUUUCCAGCCUGUCUCUCUGAACUGCUGGUGCCUGCUGUGCUGCUUUGCCCAGCACAGGCAUGCAAAAGUGCUAGAUGGUCUCCAGUUUGGCCUGCUGACCUCAGCAAUAGAGGGGCAAGGAGUGGGAUAGAGGCAAGGUGCCGCUGCUGCUUCUGCAGCUGCUUCCUUAGGACUACAGAGGAGAGAGGGAAAACAGCCUGCCUGUUUCUGAACAUUUAUACAGAUACAGUGCAGCUGUCUAUGGCUUGUGGCCCUCUUGCCCACCCUCCCUGUGUUCUCAAGGACACGGGUUUCUCCAGGAUCAAAGGGGUACUAACAUAAGCUUGUUUCUGCCUCAAGUCCAGUGAAGAACAGAAGGUAAGCUCUGAACAUGGUGGCCAUCCCAUGUUCUCAUACAGGUUACACUCAUACUCUGUUCAGCUGCUUACUGUGGGAAACUGUCUCUUCUGGAACUUGUUGUCCUCUGCAUUUUGGUGGCAGCAGGGACAGAUGAGUAGUGUUGGCAUUAGGAAGUGAAAACAGAAAGGAUUAAAAACAGCUUCCACAGUCCACUGAAGAGACUGGUUCAAAAACCUCCUCCUGCUUCAAAGCGUCCUCAGGGAUAAGCUUUUGAUGUGGCUGGUUGGUGUGCCAGGUCUUGCUAAGGACAGCCUUCAUCUUCUUAAGUGUGUCUUAACACUGAUCACCUUGUAAGAUUUGUAACCUCCUGAGAUGGCCAUAAAGUGUAAUACUGCCUCCAAGGAAGCUUUUGGAUUUCUCACAGCACAGGUUUACAAGUUUAAUUACCUCGGAUCUCAGCGUGAUGCCAUGCUGGGUCUUCCGAGUUCCAGAAGGUGUUGAUGCUGCUAUUGAUUGCAUGGACAAGAAGGAGCAGCGUAGCAGCCCAGUGAGGGCUAGCAGGUCAUAGCAAUUAGAAAGUCAUUUUAUGGCAUGAGAGGCACUCCAUGGUUUUGCAUGAGCACUUGAUGUUUUGAGAGCCUUUUGCUGGCUUGCUGAGUGCAUGUGUGCUGGACAACUUGUGGUGGUGAUUCACUCGUUGUCCCUUGAGUUCCUAUUAGCAGUUGGAGCAUAUCAGAUAAGUUCCUUAGGCAGACUUUCUGACUUGGUUUCAGCACCAAGAAAUGUAGUUCAUACACACCAAGAUUGCUCCUUGGUGCAACAAAAGCAUGGCAAGUGUGGACAAUUGGAAGAUCGAUUUCAAAACCACAUUUCUGUUCUGAGCUGAGACACCAGUGUGGACGCACUCUGUGUGGAAAUACUGUCUCUUUAAUUGUCUCUUAAUUGAGAGGUUCAGGACUUGGCUUUGACUCUGAAAAAUAGUGCUGCUUGGAGGUCCUAAGGAUGUCUGCUCAAUAUAAAUUAGAUCAGUCUUUUUUAAUUGGAUUAAACUGGGUAUUUUGAAUUGAUUUAGAAUAACAUUGAGAUUUUACUAGGAAUAGGAACUAUAAGUCCAGCAUAUCCUCAAAUAUUAAACAGUGGCUUUUUUAAAAAUAGAAAACAAAAACAGAAAACACAUCUACUCGUGUGGAUGGAAUGGUCUUAUGACACAAUGUUUUUGGAGUGUUUAAUGUAAACCUAUUUUGUAAAAAUAGCCAAACACAACCUCCAAAGAAUGAACCCACCAGUGGAAAAAGC